AUGCUGGUGGUGUCACAGUGGUUGUGGCGCAUCUGCUGCCGUGUGGCGUCAUGGUGCUGGCGGCGACGCUCCUCCGAGUCCGAUCAGCCAGAGCCGGCCACCCCGCAGCACCCCCUCACCCAUCUCUUUGUCGGCGACGACCAGUCCUGUCUGCUCGACCUCAGCACCAUCCUGCAGCUGAGGGCCACCGCGCGAUGCUUCUCAGAGGCCUUGUCGUCUGCACAGCUGCGAAGCCGACUCCACACCUCGAUCGCCCGCAGCGGCAUCGACACUCAGCUGGUGCAGUUUAACGAGUCGCUGUGCGGGGGUACUGUGGUGGCGGCCCUGUGGAUAGCUGAGGAGGGAGGGCAGUGGAACGAUGGCACUGGCGACGUGCUGCGGCUGGCCGACCACUGCGGAGCCUGCACGCUGCCCGUUGUGCUGACUGCCGAAGACAUCAACACACACGCCAACAAAACGGUCCGUAAGGCGCACUUCUGGCGUGCCCCACCCUUCUCUCUAUGUCUGUGUGUGUGUGUGUGUGUCUGUUUAGGCGUAUGUGUCGGUUCCCGUGUGAUUGCUCAGCUCAAGAUGGUCGGCCGCCACACCAACUUCGGCGACGGCGUGACGUUCCAGCUGUUUCAGCAUGGCGACAUGCUGCGGGCCCUCAAGGACGAGCCUGGCUUCGAGCUGAC